CUGGCUCCACCUAGCGGCGGUUUCCGGAAAGCGCUCCCGAUAUGAAACUGAAAGUAGAGCGGAGUCUGAGUACAAACAAAUCCUCACCGCAGUGUUUCGGCGUCUGGGCGCGUUCGUGGGCGAGUUGCUGGUGUGGAGGGACUUUAACGCGCUGGGGAAAUGAGCCGCUUCAGCGAGGAGGUGGAGCUGGAAAUGAGCGUCCGUCGGCUGAGGGAGAAUUUCCACGGGAAGAUUCCAGUGGACAAGGCGACUGUACUCAUGCGGCGCUACAGGAACAACCACCGGAUGGUUGCAAUGGAGAUCAUCCUUAUGAAAGACAGAGACCUGGAUGAAGAGGACAAGUGGUCUCUGGAGAAUGACACGGUUGUCAGGAAUGUGGUUCAGAAACUGCAAACUGAGGAAAGAGAACAAAGUGAAAGAGACGCGAGGUCAUCAGGAGCCAGCGAUGACUCCAAACGCUCCAAACAGCCUAAAACAAGCAAACAAGGGACAAACAAGGACAGGGACAUAGAGGAGCUUGGGAAGCGACUUCGUGUCCUGCCUCUGACUGAGAAGAACAUGCGAAUGUUUGAUCACGCACAGAAGAACCUAAUGCCCUCUGUAAUCCACCAGUUUGCCUGUGAGACAUGUGACCAGGUGUGGUGGCGACGAGUGCCCCAGAGAAAAAGGGUGUCUCGCUGCCGCCGAUGCAAAAAGAAAUAUGAUCCAGUGCCUCCUCACAAAAUGUGGGGCAUCGCAGAGUUCUUCUGUUUAAACUGCUCUCGGUCUUUCAAGGGGUUUGGCCGGAUGGACAUUGGCUCUCCCUGUUAUAUAUGCAGGUCCAUCAUACUGCCAACACAAAUCCUGCCUCCACGCAGAAACAUGAGAGACCAGGGGCCAAGAAGAAGACAACAGCACAGCUGCCUGGCAGAGGACUGCUACAACAGACAAGAACCCCAUGUGACCGGGACAGAAUGUGUCCACCCCCGUAGUAGGCAGAAGAACAAUAAGCCGCAGGUGGUGAACCCCAGCCUGCCCCACAUCAGCAGCGGCUCCACGGUCAACACCUGCCUGAGUCAGGGCAGCCUGCUAGAGCAGGUGUAUGAGCUCAUCCUGGACGACAUUGGCGAGGAAGAGAGUGGAGAGGAGUCGGACAGCAGCGGCAGCGGCCACACCGUGAGCAGCUGAACUCAGCGCAGCGGCGUGUUUACUCAGCUUCAGCAGACCAAAGCACUGAUUACACUGCAGUCAGUGGGAAUGCUUCAUGUCACAGGGCAAGGGUGUGUUCCAGCCUGAGGAAAACACCCAGCCUGCUUAGCCUAAACCACUGUGCUUUCAUGUUUAACUCUAUAAUUAUAAUAUAUUUGCACAGCACUUAUCAUCUUUAGCUCUGAUUUAUCUCCAGCAUAUUCUGGAAUUUCUGUAUUGUGUAAUAUUAUAACCUACUGUACUGAAGUCAGAGGCCACCCUUUAAAAAUCUCUAUUACAUUGGUAAGUUAUUAAACCUUUAAUUAAACCUGCAUAAACAUAAACAAAAAAUAUAUUUCUUACAACUGAUGUGUGUUGGAUUAAACCUAUAUACUAGUGCAUCUGAAAAAAUAGAUUAUCAUAAAAAAAUUUACUUUAUUUCAGUAAUUCAGUUCAAAAUGUGAAACUCAUGCAGUAAGUUUUUAUUUAUUUUAUUGUUAAUGAGUACGGCCUAGAAAAACCCAAAAAUCGAUGUCUCAGAAAAUUUGAAUGGCACUUUUGGCAGAGUGCACAGUAUGCCAAAUCCUGCUGGAAAAUGAAAUCCACGUCAGCAGAGGGAAGCAUGAAGUGCUGUAAGAUUUCUUGGUAAACACUGCACUUACUUUAGACUUGAUAAUAAAACACAGUGGAUCAACAUCAGCAGAUGACAUGUCUCUCCAAACCUCGUCCUCCAGACUUUGGUCCCUUUUUUUAAAAUUAAAUGCAAAAAUUAACUGAUGGUCAGUGAUGGUUUGGAGAGACAUGUCAUCUGUCAUUCAUUGAUUUGUUUGGGGCGACUUGGAUGUUGAGACUGAAUGUUUAGAGGUGUGGAAAUUAAAACCUUUGGUAUGAAACUUUUGGCAUUUCCACCGAAAAACAUUGAGAAGAUAAAUGUAUUUAAUUAAUUUACCUUGUUUCACAUGGAUAUUGGUUGUGAUCCAACAUCACACUUUGAUUUUAUAUUAAAUUUUGACAAGGGUGGCCUUUGACUUUUGCACAGCUGUGUAAUUCUGUACAAUUUUGCUUUGAUACUGUAAAUAAUUCAAAACACACUUAAACCAAUGUAUUGUACAAAUCCUUGUGGCUAAAUGCUGAAUGAGGCUGUUUGUCAGAAAGCAUCAUUUUUGUAAAGCUUCUUAUCAGGUAGCCAAACUGAUAUUCUCUGAUAUUCAUUUGAUAAUUCUGUUCUAUUAAUUGUGUUUAGCUGAAGUACUUUAAAUACUUGUGCUUUAAUGAUGUCAUAGAAGAACCACUUUUGUUUUCAGGCAGAAAGAACCAUGUUUUUCUGUCUCUGGGAUUCACAAACUCACAGACGCAUCAAAUCAAGUGUUUAGUGAUGUUUCUGUUAAUAUCUUUUUGAUAAUACAGUGCAGUUGAGCAACUCAUCUCAUGCUUCUUGCUCCGUUUAACUGGGGUGAUGUCGAUCAGCACGAGACAUCUGUGAGCUGAUGUAUCAGAACAGAGUCGCUGCGCUUUCCUCCGAGCUUUAGCGCUGUGAUUCUACAUGGCAAUGCUGCAUCAGCAGCAGUUCAAAAAGAGGCGGAGUCUGACUUCACAUGUAUCAGAGGAGGCAUGUGCAUGUGUCUUCACCCUCCUGGUGUUGGGGUAUCGCUAGUGAUAAGGGGAGUACUAAUGAGUGGGUUGGGUAAUUGGCCUUGUAAAAUGUGGAGAAAAUGGGAUAAAAAUUCUAAGAGAAAAAAAAAUCACAGAAACCUAGGAUGAAUUACUCAACCUAAGCCGAACAAAAUUCACAAAAUUGGCUUAAAUAGAAAAAAAAUAUACAAAAAACAGGACAAAAACAUUUUAAACACUUAAAAGGUUCCUCACACAUCAUUCAUCUUUUUUCUCCAAACAUGGUUCUCUCUUGGAUUGGACCAAAAGUGUCUCUUUAAUUACAUUGCUCAAAUAAUCACUUGUAGCAUAUUUACCAUAUUUUUCACACUAGCCAUGAACAUCUGUUUUCUGGUCUAUUUUCAUACAUAAAGCGCAUCAGAUUAUAAGAUCCAUUAAGCGCCAUGUUUUCCUUCUAAUUCAGAAGAUCUCGCUGCUGGAUGGUAGUGGGAGUAACUAAAAGCUAAGCUAAGUAAACAAAACUUAGCUUAGACUUCUUAAACAUUUUCUUUCAAGUCAAACAAGCACUGGAUUUGAAUCUACACAGAUUUCUCUCCUGAAAACUGUUUAUUUUGGUGAGUAAAGUGCUUUUGUUUAUUUACAGUAAGCUGCAGCAUUAGCAGCAUUAGCAUUAGCUGCGAACCGCAAGUGCUAGUAAAUGCUGACCAACAGCGCUACACUGAGGAACCCUGUGUGCUCAGGUAGGCCAGGGCGAUAUUAGCUAGCAGUUCGUCCCACGUAGCUUGUUUUAACAUGGUAAACGUUUUAACAGGCCAAAGUCCAAUAAUACACCUCUGAUCAACAAAAGAGUUAGAGCUUAGCAUGGUCUGCAGCUAAUGCUAAUGCUGCUCCAGCAGUGCUAGCCAGGGUUAGCAGCAGACUACAGGCUGAUAAUACUCACCUCUGAACGGUGAAAGAGCUAGAGCUUAGAGCGGUUAGCAGAUAAUGCUAAUACUGCUCCAGCAGUGCUAGCCAGGGUUAGCUGGAGCCUAAAGGCUGAUAAUACUCACCUCUGAAUGGUGGAAGAGCUACUAGCGCUUAGCGCCGUUAGCGGCUAAUGCUAAUACUGCUUUAGAACUAAACUGAAACUCCUGUUUCAUGCUGUACUUCAGGGGAGUGACUUUACUGCUUCUUAAUACCUGACUGUUAAAUUAGAUUAUAAGGCGCACUGAUGAUUUUUGGUAAAAUUAAAGUAUUUUAGGUGAGCCUUAUAGUGCGAAAAAUACUUACUUGCUUAAAAUAUUACUUAAAACAUCCUUACAUCCUACAUGAGAGUAAAAUUAGCAUUAAACUGUUUUAAUCUAACACUGUAGUUCAAUCAUAUUUCACUUAUAUAAUACAGGUGCUAAUUUGCUGUAUAUAAACCAGCAACAAUACAGAAAAAAGUUAUAAAAUAAGUUAUAAAAAAGCACUGAAAUUUGUUAUUUAUAUGUUUAACUCACGGGUUAAUUCUACUAUUAAUUCUCCCAAAUGUUGUGUGUGAUUGAUAUUAUUAGGGAAUUCCACUAUGAGGACUGUUCAGGGUGAAGUUUUGUAAUAGUCAGUCCCUUUUUUUGUAUCUUUUAUGCCAAACUGUUGCAUAACAAUCUAUCUGAAUACUGUGCAGGUUCUGCAGCUCAUGUUCCUGAGGUUCCAGAGGGAACAAUAUAUAAUAAACAGCUUUUCAUAUCAUUAUAUCAUACGAAGCACAAAGACUAUUAUUUGAGGAUGUUACGUAAACUGUACUGUUCAGGAUUUGCUAUAUUAAAUUACGAUGUUCUGCUGAA